AAAAGGAUAAGAAAAAAGAGAAGAUUCAGAGCCAUCGAGAGAGUGAAUGCGAGUGUGCGGGCGCAGUAGUCUUAUCAGAUGGCGUCAAGCUCGGGUGAUUGGUCAACGCCUCCGGCGGACGAUUACGAGGCGUUGAUUUCGACGACCGAUGUAGAGCUGUUGAAAAGGGCGUGGCGAAACGAGAAGGCGGCUCCCGAGAUCCUUCGGUACCAGGAGGAUCUGGUUAAGAGAGCCAAAGAGCAGAUCCAAUUGAUGGAAGAGACUGUGGAGGAGUUUGCAGAAAGUGGCAUUGACCCCCUCACUGUAUCACUCUAUCAGAUGGACUUGGAUAGGGCUCAGUUUCUGUUGAGAUCUUAUCUUCGAGUUCGUCUUCUGAAGAUUGAGAAAUAUGUGUUCCACAUCUUAAAAUCUGAUGAAACGGAAAGCCUGCUUUCUGAACAAGAGAAAAUGUUUGCCAGAAGGUGUGCAGAUAAUAUGGGAGAGCAUCUCGAAGAUAGUGAUCUGCUAAGAUUGCCUGAUAAUUAUCAGUCAGUACUGAAGCAAUCCAUAAUAAGUGAAGAGGAUGACAUGGUGCCACAGCCGGAACUGGAAACGUUUGUUGUCUGCAAAAGCAAGAACUUUUUGUCGCUCAACCUUUAUGAAGAUGGAGAAAACCCGGAGAUGGUGGAGAUGGACCGCGGGGAUCUGUACUUCAUACGAUACAAGAUCAUAAAGAGGGCGGUAGAAACCGGGAAAAUUGAUUUGGUCUGAGAAAUACCCAGCUAGAUCAACUAAGUUUUAAGGUAUUUCUCUGGACUUGAAAUUGAAUAUAUCUAGGAAUAUCACUAGCACUCUCUGGUUCCAAUGACUUUGUACAGAAACUAAACUCAUUAUGAACCUCUGGCCAACAUGCCCCCUUCUAAUUGUUGGUGGGGUUUAUCUUUUCAAGUAUGAAUAGAUUUAUUAC